AAGUAGACAAUUAAUUUAUCGAUGAAAUAAGAUUAAUACUUAUAUAUACGGAUCUAGCAAACGACUAGCAAAUGUUUUAACACCGAAAUGUUGUUUAAAUUUUAAUUUCAAUUUUUUUGCCUAAAAUAAUUAACAUGUAAACAAAAUAAAAACAUAUGCAAAAAUUAACAAACGACUAGCAAUUGAAUGGCGUAUUCAAAAUCAUUGAAAUCGUUGGUCCGACAGCUGAUCAUUCACACCGGUCAUGAAAAGUAAAGCGCAGCUCAUGUUACAUGCAUGGAUUACAUGUAUAUUCUUUUCACUGAACAGAGUGUCAAAGUUCAGAGCAGUUCAGAGUAUGACAUAGAUAGGUUAUGUUCAUACUGACGAUGAGAAGGAGAGAGAGCGCAUCGUAUAAAUGCUGUCUACGAAUGUGCAUAUUUUUAUAGAUUUCUUAACUUGAAGUUGUCAACUUUAACGAUUAAUAUCUCGUUUCACGGCGACAAAGCAAUGUUUUUUUUUCUGCCAUAUUCUUUCACAUGUUCAAAAACACGUCAAGUGAACAUAAUUUAAUAAUAUUGCAACAGAGGAGGUUAAACUCUGGCCGGCUUACCCCCGUCUGGGAGCAGGUGCCAAGCGAAAAGAAGGAGGGUAAACUGAAUAAUUAUCUUCUCCAUAAACAGCUUUGAAUCGUUAUAGUAAUGAAGGUGUUGGAGCUGUACAGUGGUAUUGGAGGAAUGAAUUAUGCACUUCAUGAGAGUGGAAUUGCGGCAAAAGUCGUCGCAGCAGUUGAUAUAAAUCCUGUCGCAAAUGAUGUUUACCGUCACAAUUUCCCGGAAACUGCUCUUAUGAAUCGAAACAUACAGUCUAUUAAUGCACAGGAAUUAAACAAAUUGAAUGUGGACGUUAUAUUUAUGAGCCCUCCGUGUCAGCCUUUCACUAGAUUAGGAUUAAAAAAGGAUGCACUUGAUAACAGAACCUGUUCCUUGCUACACAUUUUGAGCUUGAUACCAGAAUUAAAAAAUUUAAGAUAUAUUUUGGUUGAGAAUGUUAAAGGUUUUGAAAUAUCUCAAAUGAGAGACAAAUUAGUGGAUUGUAUCAAAAGUUGUGGAUAUGUCUACAGAGAAUUAAUAUUGAGUCCAUGCCAGUUUGGUAUACCGAACAGUAGACAUAGAUAUUAUUUACUGGCGAAAAAGAAUAAUCUGAAAUUUUGUUUCAAACAGUCCUCGCUGGAAAAUAAUUUGCUGCCUGAUUUAUUUGAAUUAUUACCAAAAAGCAAACACUUGACAUUAGCAGAGGAGAAAGGCAAGAUUAAUCCAAAAUCUGGCAGUUUGUGUUACACAUUAGAUAAUAUUUUGGAAAAUACUGAAGAAUCAAAAUAUUUGGUACCUUCUAAACUAUUACAAAAAAGGGCAUGGGUAUUAGAUAUACGAACAUCUGAGAACAAUGGUUCUUGUUGCUUCACCAAAGGAUAUGGUCGUUAUGCAGAAGGUACAGGAUCUGUAUAUUGUCCAUUUACGGAUGAAACAAUCAGAUUGAAGUAUAAUGAAGUUGCCAAUCAUGAAAAUGAUUCGGAUAAGCAAAUGCAGAUUUUGUCAGAUUUGAAACUUCGGUUUUUCUCGCCUAGAGAGGUGUGUCGAUUAAUGUGUUUUCCAGAAGACUUUCAAUUUCCAGAGCAUAUUACAGACAAACAAAAAUAUCGGCUGCUAGGAAAUUCGAUCAAUAUUCACGUAGUUGGUAGAUUAAUACUUUUAUUAUGUACUGAACAUGAAGAUACAUGAAAAAUCAAUGGAAUUAUUCUAUCCUUUGUCCCAUAACUUAAUUGUCUUGUAACAUUUUAUAUGCUCUUACAUAUUAAGCCUACAGUCCACUUCAUAUUACAAAUGUUUUUUUAGAGCAUUCUUUGAUUAAUUAGUAAAAUUUUUCC